GGGACUGUAUCUGUUUAAUAGCCUGGGGACAUGAGGACCUAGAGGACUGUAUCUGUUUAAUAGCCUGGGGACAUGAGGACCUAGAGGACUGUAUCUGUUUAAUAGCCUGGGGACAUGAGGACCUAGAGGACUGUAUCUGUUUAAUAGCCUGGGGACAUGAGGACCUAGAGGACUGUAUCUGUUUAAUAGCCUGGGGACAUGAGGACCUAGAGGACUGUAUCUGUUUAAUAGCCUGGGGACAUGAGGACCUAGAGGACUGUAUCUGUUUAAUAGCCUGGGGACAUGAGGACUGUAUCUGUUUAAUAGCCUGGGGACAUGAGGACCUAGAGGACUGUAUCUGUUUAAUAGCCUGGGGACAUGAGGACUGUAUCUGUUUAAUAGUCUGGGGACAUGAGGACCUAGAGGACUGUAUCUGUUUAAUAGCCUGGGGACAUGAGGACCUAGAGGACUGUAUCUGUUUAAUAGCCUGGGGACAUGAGGACCUAGAGGACUGUAUCUGUUUAAUAGCCUGGGGACAUGAGGACUGUAUCUGUUUAAUAGCCUGGGGACAUGAGGACCUAGAGGACUGUAUCUGUUUAAUAGCCUGGGGACAUGAGGACCUAGAGGACUGUAUCUGUUUAAUAGCCUGGGGACAUGAGGACUGUAUCUGUUUAAUAGCCUGGGGACAUGAGGACCUAGAGGACUGUAUCUGUUUAAUAGCCUGGGGACAUGAGGACCUAGAGGACUGUAUCUGUUUAAUAGCCUGGGGACAUGAGGACCUAGAGGACUGUAUCUGUUUAAUAGCCUGGGGACAUGAGGACCUAGAGGACUGUAUCUGUUUAAUAGCCUGGGGACAUGAGGACCUAGAGGACUGUAUCUGUUUAAUAGCCUGGGGACAUGAGGACCUAGAGGACUGUAUCUGUUUAAUAGCCUGGGGACAUGAGGACCUAGAGGACUGUAUCUGUUUAAUAGCCUGGGGACAUGAGGACCUAGAGGACUGUAUCUGUUUAAUAGCCUGGGGACAUGAGGAACUAGUUGAAUUAACACGUUGCUGGAUGUGUAGUACUUUAGUAGAUGGAUGCUGCUGUGUACUAGGUAGCGGCAGGUUGCCUCGGCAAAAAUCCUGUUAA